CUUCGCUUCCCAUGAAAUCGUCACUGCACGUCUGCGAGCACUACGGAGGCGUCGGUGACUGACGCGCCGGCGUCAGGGCAUACAAUAGGGACCUACGCGCUCUCUUUAUCGUGGGAGAUGCUCUCUUUUCUAGCAAGAAAGGUACCCUCCCACGUAACUGCGACGCUUUAAACCGCCACGCGUCUGCGAAAAAGAAGAAAGGCAUAACAAGUACUCCACAUAGACCAAUUUGCUCAUUUCCUGACAAGACGCACGAACACCUCACGGCGCUUACUUUAAUGCCUGCCUAGACGACCUAGAAGUUAGCACAAAAGAGAACGACAGCAAAAAUCCAGCUCUUAACAGGCACGCUCAACCCGCAACCAUCAGACACCAUGUCCCUCCGCCGGAUCCUCGUCAUAAGCCUUGGAAACCCCGGCGAGUACCGCAAUACAUAUCACUCGGCCGGCCACAUCGUGCUGGAGGCCCUACAACGACAACUCAGCCAAGACCAGCCCUCAUUCGCGCCACAGCGCAUCGGCAAGCAGAACACCCUCGCCUCGAUCGGCGCGCGCUACUCGUUGCUGCAGAGCCCGGCCGUCAUGAACGUGUCCGGGCCGUGGGUCGCCAAGGCCUACAAGGAGCACCUCGCCGAGCGGGGCCUCGCGCCGUCUGAGGUCGGCGUGGUGCUCGUGCACGACGAUCUAGAGGAGGAGCUGGGCGUGAUUAAGAUCCGGGAUUGGAAGAGGAGCCAUCGGGGGCAUAACGGAAUCAAGAGCGUCAAUGGGGCACUGCAGGCCCAUCCGGCGGGGAAGUGGGCGCGGAUUUCGAUCGGCAUUGGGCGGCCCGAUGCGAGGGACAAGGCGAGCGUGUCGGACUUUGUGUUGGCCAAGAUGCCGAGGAGCGCGAGGGAUGUGUUGGAAGGGUCGGGGAGUCGGGGGGUGUUGCAGGCGCUGAUAGAGUUAGAGACCAAAUGGGGUGUUGAGGCGUGAGGGUUUAGGGUUGAGUUGUCUUGGAAACUGCUUUGUGAUACCCGUUUCGUGAGGUUAUUGUUUACCUUGCUCUGAAUGCCACUAUCGAGUAAAAGUUGGUCGGUCUUCU